AUGAGGUUUUUGCAGAGGACUCAGAUACAGACUGCUAGAACCACCAUCCCGACAAACACUUCUUCCAAGCGGCCUGGCUCAAAGACUCCUCUAGCCGUCUACCCCACUAAUCAACCAAUCAUGAAGCCCAGGGCAUCCAUGCCUUUCCCUUCCCCGCAGGCUGCAAAGCAGCUGAGCAGCAGCCAAACUCCAAAGCCGCGGCCUCAGCCACAGCAACAGUCCCAAAAGCCUCAACCGCAGAAGCCUUUGAUAAAAGGGGCCUCCCGCACCAAACCAGGGCCAGACCUGGCCGAUCCCAGUGGGAAGCGUACGUAUGACAGGGCCUUCCUGUUGAGCUUGCAGUUGAUGCCUGCUUGCAUACAGAAGCCUGAGGGACUCCCACCAAUCAGUGACGUGGUGCUAGAAAAGAUGAGUGCAUUCAAGUUUCCAUCUCGAGACGUGGAUUCUCCAAAGAUUUCCAGAGGACCUGAUUUCACAACUGCCUUUGCAGAUUUUGGCAGACAAAUGGUGGUAGGACAAGGCGCUCAACCUGUAACCCUUGGGGUCCGGCGACCACCACCCAGGAAGGUCAUCAUGAGCCUGUCCUUGCACGACGAUGUUCAGCUGAAGAAAUCAGAGAAUGCAUGGAAACCAGGCAUGAAGAGGGAAAGCCUCCCAGCGGAACCAGAGUCCAACAAAACACAGGACCUGUUCAAGAAGGUCCGUAGUAUCCUGAACAAGCUGACGCCUGAGAAGUUCAACCAGCUCAUGAAGCAGGUGACGGACCUGACCAUCGACACUGAGGAGCGGCUCAAAGGAGUCAUUGACCUGGUGUUUGAGAAGGCCAUCGACGAGCCCAGCUUCUCGGUGGCCUACGGGAGCAUGUGCCGCUGCCUCGCCACGCUCAAAGUGCCCAGCACUGACAAACCCAACACCACACUGAACUUUCAAACGCUGCUGCUAAGACGCUGUCAGAAGGAGUUUGAGAAAGGAAAGGAGGAUGAUGUGGUGUUUGAGAGGAAGCAGAAGGAGCUGGACUCUGCUGCAUCGACGGAGCGUGACCGACUUCAGGUAGAGCUGCAGGAGGCCAAGGACAUUGCCCGGCGGCGUUCCAUCGGCAAUAUCAAGUUCAUCGGCGAGCUCUUUAAGCUCAAAAUGCUAAAUGAGAACAUCAUGCAUGACUGUGUGGUCAAGCUUCUGGUGAACAACGACGAAGACUCUUUGGAGUGUCUUUGCAGGCUGUUCACCACCAUCGGCAAGGACUUCGACUUAGCAAAGGCUAAGCCUCGGAUGGAUCAUUAUUUUAACUACAUGGAAAAAAUCGUCAGAGAGGGGAAGACGUCUUCACGGACACGGUUCAUGCUUCAGGAUAUUAUAGACCUGAGAUUGCACAACUGGGUGUCAAGAAGAGCCGACCAGGGUCCGAAAACAAUCGAGCAGAUCCACAAGGAGGCAAAGAUUGAAGAGCAGGAGGAGCAAAGAAAAGUGCAGCAGGCACUGCUCUCCAAGGACAACAAGAGACGGCCAGAUCCAAGGGAGCAGAGAGAGCAGAGGGAUCAGCGUGUACAGAGAGAGGAGACCUGGAACACUGUGCCCAUGACGAAGAACAGCAGGACCAUCGACCCCAACAAGAUCCCAAAGAUCUCCAAGCCUCAGAUGGACGAGACGACCCAGCUGGGCCCCCGGUCUCAAGUCACAUGGGUGAAGGGCAGCGGUGGAGGAGCCAGGGCCAAUGACUCAGAACUUUCACGCACAGCCGGCCUCAUCCGCUUCUCGGCGCUGCAGCUCAACCCCUCACCUCAACCCUCCACCACUCCUCCACAGAACCCAGACUUCAACGCCGGGACAACUCGGGGAAGUCGUAGCCAUACAGAAAAAGAGUGCAGCAACAAGCCACUGACCUCUGCGCCGAAUGUCACCGAGGUCGAAUCUGAGCCCGAGCGUAGCAGAGUCCGAGAACCUGUGAAACCUGAGCCUGUCCAGACGAUGGAGAAACCUGCUCGGUCUGAGGAGGAGAUCGAGAGGAAGUCCAAGUCCAUCAUCGACGAGUUCCUGCACAUUAAAGAUUUCAAGGAGGCUGUCCAGUGUGUGGUGGAACUUGAUCUGGGCUCUCAUUCACACAUCUUCAUACGUGUGGGGGUGGAGUCGACGCUGGAGCGCAGUCAGAUCACACGGGACCACUUGGGCCAGCUCCUCUUCCAGCUGGCGCAGAAGGGAAUCCUGCCCAAACCCCAGUUCUACAAAGGGUUUGCAGACACGCUGGAGCAAGCGGACGACAUGGCCAUCGACGUUCCCCACAUCUGGCUGUACCUGGCCGAGCUGCUCAGCCCUGUGCUGAAGGAGGGGGGCUUCUCUAUGAGAGAGCUCUUUAGUGAAUUAAGCAAACCUUUGCUUCCUGUGGGAAGAGCUGGGAUCUUGAUCUCUGAAAUCCUGCUCAUACUAUGCAAACAAAUGGGCAAUCGUACUGUGGCUUCUCUGUGGGAAGAAUCAGGCCUCAACUGGACUGACCUUCUGCCGGAGGAAGAGGAUGUCCAGGCUUUCAUCUCACAACAGAAACUCCAGUUUCUUCAGCCACAGAGUCCGAGUGUCUCCGAGGACGGAUCUGAGCCAGAGCGCUGCAGUGUCCGAGAGCCUGAUGAUGGGCCAAACCUGCAGACCAACCCACCUGAAGCCGCCAUAUCAAAUGAACGUCCUUCAGCCAAGGAACCAGCCACUUCUCACUCCCCUGGAACUCUGGCUGCCUUGUCUGGAGCAGCCCCCACGGCUUUGAACAGCCUUACAAAGUCAGAGACUGAGCUGGAGACAGCCGCCAUUGAGCCUUCACUCAUGCCCCCUGCUGCACUCCAGCCCCAACUCUCUAGUCCUGCUUACAGAGAAGCCGCCCCUGAAACUUUGCCUGCUGACACCACUCCUCAACAGAGCCCCGACCCCGGGACAACUCUGGGAAGCCGUACAGGCAGGAAGCGCAGGAGGCACAGAAAGCGCAGCGCAAAGCCGCAGAGCUCUGCAUCGUCUCCAGAUCUGAUCACCAGGGCAAGCAGCUCAAAGGAGCUGCUGGAGAGUCCAACCCCGGAGGAGCCGCCAAGAGACAGCGAGCCAGAGGGAGCCGAACCCCAGAGACCGAAUGUCUCCGAGGAGGAAUCUGAAACCUUGCCUUCUGACACCACUCCUCAACAGAUCCCCGACUUCAAAGUUAAAUGUGUGAAGAAACUCCACUUUCUUCAGCCACAGAGUCCGAGUGUCUCCGAGGACGGAUCUGAGCCGGAGCGCAGCAGUGUCCGAGAGCCUGAUGAUGGGCCAAACCUGCAGACCAACCCACCUGAAGCCGCCAUAUCAAAUGAACAUCCUUCAGCCAAGGAACCAGCCACUUCUCACUCCCCUGGAACUCUGGCUGCCAUGUCUGGAGCAGCCUCCACUGCUUUGAACAGCCUUACAAUGUCAGAGACUGAGCUGGAGACAGCCGCCAUUGAGCCUUCUCUCAUGCCCCCUGCUGCACUCCAGCCUCAAGCCUCUAGUCCUGCUUACAGAGAGGCCGCCUCUGAAACUUUGCCUGCUGACACCACUCCUCAACAGAGCCCCGACCCCGGGACAACUCUGGGAAGCCGUACAGGCAGGAAGCGCAGGAGGCACAGAAAGCGCAGCGCAAAGCCGCAGAGCUCUGCAUCGUCUCCAGAUCUGAUCACCAGGGCAAGCAGCUCAAAGGAGCUGCUGGAGAGUCCAACCCCGGAGGAGCCGCCAAGAGACAGCGAGCCAGAGGGAGCCGAACCCCAGAGACCGAAUGUCUCCGAGGAGGAAUCUGAAACCUUGCCUUCUGACACCACUCCUCAACAGAUCCCCGACUUCAACGUUAAAUGUGUGAAGGAGAACAUGGAUGGAUCACACCUGAGCUCGUCUCCCUACCUGAGGGCAUUGAUGACGGCUGUGUGUGAGGCAGCAGUGAAAAAUAACACCAAGUGUCGAGUGCACACGGCCCUCAUUCAAAAGAGAAUUCCUGUCUUAAUCAAGUACAGGAACUCAGAGAGUGAGCGACAGCUGCAAGCACUCCGUGCACUUCAGUCGCUGAUCGUCGCCCUCGAUCAUCCUACAAACCUCCUCCGGAUUUUCUUCGAGUGUACAUACGACGAGGACGCGUUCUGCAAGUCGGGGACGAGAAAAGACCCGGCCAAUCAGCUGGGUAAGGGCGUGGCCCUUAAGUCCGUCACGGACUUCUUCACCUGGCUGCGGGAGGCGGAGGAGGCGGAAGAUUAUUGACGAGAUGGAUUCCAACAGCGGA